AUGAACAUGAGAACGCAAGAUCAGCAAACUAGGGUUUUCUACGAGCUCUGUUCUAUGAUUAUUCACAUCCUCGGAUCACCGCCUCUUCCCACUCCCUUUCCGAGCCUUUUGGGGUCCUCUGUUUCAUCGUCUUGGUCGCAGGCGUCUCCAACCGCCUUUGCGUCUCUGUUUCUCGGAAUUUCACUCGCUUUGAUGCUGUUUGGGUCGGUGACCUUCCUGAUUGGUUUCAUUCUGAUGCCUUGUGUAGUCGGCCUCGUCUUGUUGUUCUAUUUUGUAGGUAUUGUGCAAAAUUUGUCCGAAUUGGGCCGUGCUUUUCUCUGUCCAGCAGCCUCUGGAUCGCAUAAGGAUGUGCACGCCAGAGGUGAUGUGAAUACCAAUGGCGAUGAGAAAGAUGGUAAUGAAGCCAAAGAAGAGGAUGGUGUGGACAAAGAUAGAAACUCCACUCGUCUGCAUGGAGCUGACACACCAACCCUGGCGUCAAAAGCACGAACAACACCAGUGCUACGACCACUGGCCCCCAAUCUGCCAUCAGCUCUCUCUCUCUCUCCUUUACCUGCCUCUAGUGUGGGUUGA